UGGCAUGUCCUAGAAAUUAUGGUACCUCGUCCGACGCAGAUCAGCUUGCUAAGUCACCCAUACAUAUUCAUGCCACCGAAGGUUCAGCAGAAUUACGAGCACCGCAAGCCUUCGAAUUGCCAGCGAAAGAAUGGUCCGGUUUAUGAACACAAUCCAGGCAUACAUUAUCUUAAAUGACAUGCACUCACACAUGCUUAGGAAGGAACGCCUGGACAGCAUUAACAGCAAGGCUCGACUACCUAGGAGUGUUCAGGCUGUAUACCUACGACCCCUUCGGAGGAAGGCUGAAUACGGACUCCCAGUUUGCGACCUACAGUUGAGGUCUUACAGUGUUCGAAACGUGGAAUUCUUUGCCGAUUUUGCUGUGAGAGCUGCCUACUACCUGAAGCUUCCUGUUUCCGGGCCAGUACCAUUACCACGAAUGGUUGAACGCUGGACUAUGCCUCGGAGCAACUUCGUACACAAGAAAAGUCAAGAAAACUUCGAAAGAAUAACACUCCGUCGGUUGAUUCAAAUCAAAGACGGUAAUCCCCAGGUUGUACAGGCAUGGCUAGCUUUCUUGCGCAAGCACGCAUUCUAUGGAGUCGGCAUGAAAGCUAAUGUCUGGGAACAUGAAAGCCUUGAUGUGGCUGAGAGCAUGGACAGUACACUUCCGGAUGUUGAGAAGACACUCGAGCCUUACCUUUCACAGUUUGGCCAGCGAGAAGAUACAAGGUCGCAGGACUCGAUUUCAGAUAUUCUUGACAAUGAGCGAUUCGUUGCAUACAGAGGCCCCUUGACUACGGUCCGCAAGGCAGGUUUCGUCUGCCAUCCUAUUCUAACCGUUUUGUCAUGUGCGCUAAGGGAAUGGGUUCGGUUACAAGACGAUGCGACAGAAGGGACGACCUUAUAUUUCUCCAUUGUGGAUCUACAUGCGUUGACGGUACCCCAAGAGAGCGCUCAGUUGAGAAGAUGGAGGAAAGAGGCAUUUGCUACCUUAUUAGCUGUGGGCCUAGAUCCGAGUCGCUCAACGAUAUUCUACCAGUCUUCUGUACAGGCACAUGCGGAGUUAUUCUGGAUAUUGUGUACAGUAGCCUCCAUGGGGUACCUGUCACGAAUGACUCAAUGGAAGAGUAAACUCCAGUUGCCUGACGACACAACUUUGGAUACUUCAGCUGCCAGGUCAAAACUGCGACUCGGCCUGUUCUCAUACCCUGUUCUCCAGGCAGCAGACAUACUAGUACAUAGAGCUACCCAUGUUCCGGUUGGGGAAGACCAAAAACAGCACCUCGAAUUCUCUAGAAAUAUCGCGAAUAGCUUUAACCAUGUCUAUGGUUCGGUCUUUCCGUCUCCAGAAGCACUUAUAUCACCCGCGAAGCGAGUCAUGUCACUCAAAGAGCCGACUCAAAAGAUGUCAAAAUCCCAUGUCGACGAGCGGUCAAGGGUUCUUCUGACUGAUUCCCCUGACCAGAUCCAUAAAAAGAUCAAGGCCGCGCUUACCGACUCAGAUACAAUGAUAACUUAUGAUCCAAUUCGUCGGCCGGGCGUGUCUAACCUCUUAGAGCUCCUUGGUCACUUUGAGGGAAAGUCGUGCCAAGAUCUAGCCUCGGAAUAUCAGUCGACAAGUCUUCGGGCUCUAAAGGAAAACCUCGCUAGGCAAAUCUCGUCUCAUCUCCGGCCUAUAAGAGAUAAAUAUCUCUCAAUUAUGGGUGACAACAGUUGCUAUCUAGAUGAUGUUUCAGAACAGGGCGCUCAGGCCGCUCGAUCAAACGCCGAGUCGACUAUGAAACAAGUGAGGGAAGUCAUGGGUUUAUGAAAGCACUUUUUGGUGCACCCUGCCUUUUUUUCGCUCGCUCUCUAGUUUGCCCUAUCUUCCUCUCUUCUCGUGCACAUGCAUUCUGUCUUUCACUGUAUUGUUGUGGUCUGGUUUCGUAUGGUUUGCCUUUGCUUCUCCAUAUAUUUAUUACACAGAUAUUCGGGGACGCAGAUAGAGUGAUGGAUGUAAGGUUACAGCUAGAAGUAUUUAACUCAUGUUUGCGUCCGAGAUGAUAAUAAAAAUCGUCAGGCCGCAAUCACAUGUGCAAGCAAUAAUAUUCAACGAG